AUGAUCGCAGAUUUUUACAGAAGUGUUGUGCUACUUUUAUUAGUACUAGUUGUUAAUUAUACUUCCUCUCUUUCUACCAACACGUUACACCCGAGGAAGCAUGGAAAUGAGAAGGUCCUAGCCGCUGUCGAAUCUAAUCUUCUUGGUCUGUUUGGAUUAAAGUCACGUCCAGUACCAGGUCGUCGGACACCUAUUCCAGAUUAUAUGUUAGACCUUUACAAACGUCUAGAUUCAGAACCAGACUUUAUUAGCCCUUUUGCUGAAUCUAAAGGCAAAGGAAUCGUUGAAGCCAACACAGUUCGCAGCUUUUAUCAUAGCGAUAUCAACUUUGUUAAAGAUUGUGAUGAAAGAACUUGUGCUAGAAUAUGGUUUAAUAUUAGUACCAUUCCCUUUGCUGAGAUUAUGGCAGCAUCCGAGCUACGUGUAUUUAAGGACGUUUACAAUCAUUUCAAAUUAACAGACGCAAAUUCCUUAAGUGGUGAUAGAAUUAAAGCGAGUUUGUUUAAACAUCGAUUAGAAAUACAUGAAAUAAUGCGAGUGUCGCCUGAUGACAGCGAGUGUAUAUCUCGACUUAUUGACACUAAAAUAGUGGAUACUAGAAAUUCCUCUUGGGAGUCGUUUGAUGUGCAUCCCGCAGUAUUAAAGUGGCGAAGGAGACCUCAAUACAAUUAUGGUUUAGAAGUGAGAAUUGUGUCGAAAAGUCCAUGGAUAUCUACAAAUUCACAUGUGCGUUUACGUCGUUCAGCGCAUAUGGACGAAAAAAAUUGGCAAAUCCAAAGACCCAUUCUAGUAACUUAUACACAUGAUGGACGUAAUCCCAAUUCUCGAAUUAAACGUGCAUCAGCCAGAAACCGUAGACGAAAGUCGCGGAAGCGUAGACGUCGUAAGAAGAAGGGAAAUAAAAAUGAGUGCAAAAGACACGCUUUAUAUGUAGACUUCGGCGAUGUCGGUUGGAAUGACUGGAUUGUAGCACCAACUGGCUAUAAUGCCUAUUUUUGUCGGGGUGAGUGUCCGUUUCCGAUGGGACAACAUUUGAAUUCGACACACCAUGCAGUGAUGCAAACUUUAGUGCAUUCUGUUAACCCUAGUGCCGUACCAAAAGCAUGUUGUGUGCCUUCAGAACUUAGCGCUAUAUCAAUGUUAUACUUAGAUGAGUGGGACAAAGUUGUGCUUAAAAACUAUCAAGAUAUGGUAGUAGAGGGAUGCGGUUGUCGGUAACAUUAUCCAUUUCUGGUCGUGUUAUUAUCUGUGUUCUAUGUCUAAAUGACAUUCUCUCCAAGUGAAAUAUACCAACUACUCAGGUUCACCAAUUUCAAGUUGUGCUCUUAAAAAUAUUUGUUUUCCAAAUCUCAUAUUUUUUCCAGUUUGAUGUAUUUCACACAAUUCUUACUUGGUUAUAAUAAUUAUGGCACCAAAUACUUUCCAUGCACUUUGAUUUGUGUAUGGAAACCCUAAUGUUCGAACUAGUCAUGGUAAAAAUCAAAGUUUAGUAGAUUACGUUCUGCCAAUUUGUAUUUAUGUUCUUAUAUCCUGCUUUAUAUUUUGUGCAAACAGUGCUGUUUUUUAGGGCGAAGAUUAGUUAAUUAACGAAUCAUAUUCCCCGAUAAAGAUUUGUAUAUAUCAUACCUAAUAUCCCUAAAGAUCUAUGAUGAAAACUGAACUGAAAGUAUAAUAACUGAAUUGUAUAAGUUGGGUUCAAUAGGUAUCCUUUAUAAACAAUAGAUUAUAUAUUUAUAACUCAUUAUUAUAAUUAUUAUUAUUAUUAUUCCAUUAUUGUUAUUGUUGAUUUGUAGAAUUGUAAUAAUUUAAUUAUAAAAAAGUAAAAUU